CUUUGGCUCUCUCCUUUAUCUUCCCAACACAUCUCCCCACUCUCACUCCUCUUCCCCUUCUUCUUCUUCCUCUACCUCUCUCUCUAAAACCUCUCUUUCUUUCACCUUUUCUACCAUAACCACUCUCUCAUACAACACAUUAGCUGAAAAAAAGAAGAAAAAGAAAAGCAGAGAAAAUGUUGCUAGGGAAGAGGACAAGGCCACCCAUGAAGAGAACAACAAGCAUGACAGAAUUCACCUUAGAUCUCAACCUCAACCCUGACCCUCCUUCUGCUAUUUCUAAUAAUUGUAAUAAUCUUCCCUUUGAUCCUCACAACCCCUUCACACCCAUCCCAGUACCCUCAAACACCAACCAGCAGCUAGAUCAACAACGUUUAUUAACCACAUCUAAAACUAUACCCACCAGAAACCGCCGAAAAUCUGCUGAUUUUGUAGAAACUGCCAGUUUUUUGAAAGCUUGCUUCCUCUGUAAACGUCACUUGAUCCCUGGUCGCGAUAUCUACAUGUACAGGGGAGAUAGUGCUUUUUGCAGCCUAGAGUGUAGACAGCAGCAAAUGAAUCUAGACGAGAAAAAGGAAAAGUGUUCUUUGGUUGCGUCUAGGAAGGACUUCAAGAACUCCGCAGCCAUAGCCGGCGGAAAGGGAUCUGAUGUCUCCGCCACAAGCGAGACUGUCGCUGCCGUUUAGGUAGUGGAGAUUUUAGGCCCCGUCCGUAUGGAUGAAUCAAACAUAUCAACUGUUUGAUAUGUGGUUAAUUACUACGUUACCCACACAAAAAUGCAUAUCAAAGCUGCUUUAUAUGUAUAUACAUGUUGUGGGAGUACGAUCUGCAUGAUGAUUAAUAUAAAUAUAUUUCUCUA